AUGCGCAACUCCUGCUUGAUGACUCGUAGUACCGCUGAUGACUCACAUGGCAUGCACAUUUCCAUCUUCUCAACACUAAGCGGCGAUUCUGUAGAUGACAAAAUAUUUUCUAGACGCCUCAGCGUACGUGCAGCACCUCUCCUAAUGCAAAUUGAGAUCAUCUACGACCCCAAGUCAUUCUCCAACGAAUUCCUCUUCUACGACCACACGCGAACAUGGGGCGACACCAGUGUCUCCAGCACCGCUGGUGGUGUUGGUGGUGGUGGUGUUUGUGGUAGUGGAGAUGGCGUUGCCGCAUUGGCGUUCCUCAUCCGUGCAAAGCAGCAGUCGCCAGCAAAGCAACAGCUAGACCACCAUCCGCAUUACACGAUGACUGGUGACGAUAUCCACAACCUCAAUCAACAAAUACAUCACCAGACUGGUCCAAGCACCAAUGCCGACACUCCACUGCCACCACAGGCGUCUUCCCUCCAGCCUUCGAAUCCAAAUUUUCGGGAACCUGUGCAGCAAUUGUCAAGGAUGUCAGAAUCAUUUCUUCCACCCGGUCUCACCCCACGCGUAAGAUGCAUCUUCCUCGUUCCAAUGUCAUGA